AACACGCGAGUGCAGACGCGGUAGCGCCGCACGCUAACUGCCAGCGCCUGCGCCUCGCCGAGCUGCCUCAUAAUUGUUACACAGACGAGUUUAAUAAUUAAGCGAUAAAUAUACAGCAGUCCGGCAGUGAGAGGAGGGCGGCAGUCGAGCGGCGACCGCGUCGCGUAUCACACACCCGUGCCGAGUGAUGGACCCGAGGCUCGUUCGACAUUUUUCUAUCGGACGCCAUAGGAAUCUCACCGGACUGGUUCCCGCGCAACGCUGCGUUAGUGCGCCGCUCUGGUGAACCCUUUCGCUUGUAAAUGUGCCGAUAUUUACAUAUGCGCGCUCGAUCUCGCGUCGAACUUUCGAUCUGCGCCCGUGGCUGGCGGCUGAGUAGAGUGCCCCGCGAGCAGCGCGCCGCCGGCGACUCCACGCCACUGCCGCCGCCGCCGCACCCGCCACAGACACUUCUCCUCCAACACGACGUGCGAUGAGCUACGUGGGUCGAGGAGAAUUAUGCGUGGGGCGUGCGCAUGCGCGGUGGUGUGCGCGUUGGUGGCGCUGGUGCGCGGCCUCGGGCCUUGACGAGACGACGCGCGCCGCCGCUGAGCGGCAGCUGCUGGCGCUACUGGGGCUGCCGCGCCGGCCCGCGCGCCGUGCUGCGCCGCCGCCACCUGUACCGCGCGCCAUGCGCCUGCUCUACGAAGCCAGCGGCGCCAUGCCCGCCGCCGCCGCCAACACUGCGCGGUCUUACCAACACAUACCCACCGAGCUCGACGUGCGCUUCCCUAACGAACACCGAUUUCGGCUGUACUUCAAUCUGAGCGGAGUACCCGUAGACGAGGUGGCCCGUGGCGCGCACCUCACCUUCCAGCGACAAUUGGGAGUCACUAGUGCGCAACGAUUGUUACUGUACGAUGUGGUUCGACCGGGAAGGCGUGGUAAAACGGCUCCGAUCUUACGACUUUUGGACUCUGUUCCCUUAAUGCCUGGUGAAGGCACCGUAACUGCUGACGCGAUAGAUGCCGCGCGACGUUGGCUCUAUGAGCCUGAGAACAAUCACGGACUAUUAGUGCGUAUUGUAGAAGAAGGUGAAAAAAAUUUAGACGCGAAAACUCCGCACGUGAGAGUGCGAAGACGAGCCACCGAGGAGGAGAGUGAGUGGCGUUCUAAGCAACCGCUGCUCUUGUUGUAUACGGAGGACGAGCGCGCCCGGGCGGCGCGUGAAAGUGGCGAGACGCGGUUGACGCGCACCAAACGCGCCACGCAGCGACGACACCGCGCGCAUCACCGGCGCAAGGAGGCCCGGGAGAUCUGCCAGCGGAGACCGCUGUACGUGGACUUCGCCGAGGUGGGCUGGAGCGACUGGAUAGUGGCGCCGCACGGGUACGACGCGUACUAUUGCCAGGGCGACUGUCCGUUCCCGCUAGCGGAUCAUCUCAACGGCACGAACCAUGCAAUCGUGCAGACUUUGGUGAACUCGGUGAACCCCGCCGCGGUCCCUAAAGCGUGUUGCGUGCCCACGCAGCUUUCCCCUAUAUCCAUGCUUUACAUGGACGAACAGAAUCAAGUGGUGCUUAAAAACUAUCAGGACAUGAUGGUGAUGGGCUGCGGGUGCCGAUGACGAAGGCGUAGCCCUCGCUCGGUGCGGACCUAGUGUGGACCUAGUGUGAAUUGUGGACCCAGUGUAAAUAUAGUGAGGCCUAGACUUGUAAAUAUCUAAAUGUGUAUAUAUUCGUGUAAUUAUUAUUUUAUUGAAAUGGAGAUAUAAUAAAUCACUUAAUUUUAAAUUUAA